GCGAGAAAGACCCUCGACUAACUUGGCUGCUGGCGAAAAUUUUAGGUACCUCUGCUGCACGUUACUAUUCCGUCUUCCAGUGCUACAUACCAUGCAUUUGAAAUCGCAAAAGACUGCUGAAUACUAAGUUUUAUUAUAAAGUGACUAGUUUUUUUUUUUUUUACAUAGUAAACUGAUUUUAGUUUUAUGCAUUUGAAACAUUUCGUUUGUAUCUUUUAAAAGGCAUUUCUCUGCAGGAUUUUUGUAUGUUUUAGAACUUUUCUGUGGAUGAAAUCGUUGCCCUCGUUUGCAGCUGUUAUUUGAAAACGCAUUUUUGAUGACUAUUUAUUGACAAGUGUUUAAUAUUCCACUGCGAAUUUAAGUUGCUGCACGUUUAUUUAGGAUAUACCUAAAUAAAUAAAUAAAGUUGAAUUGGUGAACUUUAUGACAACUUUAUAACCUGCUAAUCUGAAAGCAUUUAGCAUUUAAUUUAACUUAUACUUUUCGUUUCGAAAUAAGAGAUUUAAAGAAUUCUUUAAACAUUUGCAAGCAACUGUUUAAAAAUUCAUUGCAUAGAAGACAAAAAGGUUUCCGUAACUGUAUGAUAGCUGUAAACAUCUUUCUGAUUGAUCUUAAACAUCUUUGCUUCACGUUAAUUUGAUAACCGGUUUUCGUUUGAGAUUUUUUGUGACGUAAAAGUGGAUUUAGAGAACAUGCAUUUCAUUUGGAUUUUAAUGACAGUCACCGGAAUUUGGUCAAGUGCAUCUAAUGCCAUGUUGGCUUUGCCAGAAUGUGUCAGGAGUGCCAACAGUUCAAGGCUGGAGUGGAGAUUGGAGAAACAGACUUUCCACGUGUACCUCAAUGAAACAAACAUCGCUUGUUAUUCUGGGGAAAAAUGCGUGAAUAAAACUGGGAAACACAAGGAAAAUAUGUCUGUAAUAUCUCUUGUCAUUCAGAAUACGGAUGAAAUAAGAUUAUUUGUGGAUUACGAAGAAAUGGCUGGAAAUAAAAGCACCCAACUUAUGGUAGUGAAGAAUCUACCAGGUUCUCAAGCUUGUGAAUAUGAAACAGAGAAUGUGUUAACCAACACAGAUUCCAAAAAUGUGACACUGAACGAAAUUACAUUGGAGCCUGGAGAAAGAAACAUUGUUGUGCGCCUGGUACUAGAAGAGACUGGAUGUGACAUCAUAUGGAGCUUACAAAUAAAGGUACAAGAACAUGAGUGCUCCAAGAAUAAAGACCAAGUGCUUUGCUCAGGGAAGGGUUUUUGCGAUAAUUUUUCAAACACGGGUUCAUUCUCUUGCAGAUGCUGCGCUGGUUUCGUUGGUAAAUACUGUGAAGAAAAGGAUGGUUGCUACGGUAACCCUUGCCAGCACGGUGGAUUUUGCGUGGACAUUGCUGAAGGGCUCGUCGGAACAACAUUCCAGUGUCUCUGCCCCCACGGGUACCGUGGCAGAGCAUGUGAAGGAGAAGUGAGUCAGUGCGACAGGAAGCCUUGCAUGAAUAAUGGCACUUGUCGAGGCAAUCAGACAGAAUACGUCUGCGACUGCCCCAAAGGAUUUGCAGGACCCGACUGUGAGACAAAUGUCAACGAAUGUCUGUCCAACCCUUGCGUGCACGGUGUAUGUGAAGACGGAUUUGGUGGCUACAAGUGCUAUUGCCUUCCAGGAUAUGGAGGCGAUCACUGCGAAUUCGAAUAUGACGAAUGCGAUUCCAGCCCUUGUAUCAAUGGAGGCGCCUGUGAAGAUCUGGUGGCCGGUUAUCGCUGUCAUUGCGGUCCUGGUUAUGAGGGUCGCAGGUGCCAAAUUAAAGUGGAUCUUUGCAAACCUAAUCCUUGCCCAUCACCAGCUCAGUGCGUUGAUAGAGGGAAUAACUACAGCUGCAUUUGCCAUCCUGGAUACAAUGGACCUGGAUGUACACAGCAUUAUGAUCCAUGUUAUCCAAAUCCGUGUCAGAAUGGAGGCAGCUGUUGGCCAAGUCUUGACUCGUACUUUUGUUCCUGCAAACCUGGAUUCACAGGAGAUCUAUGCGAAGAAGCUCUUGUGGCCUCUCAACCCUUACCCAGAACUUUGGAGGAUCCAGGAGAACCAGAGGAAGAAGAAUCUUCAUCCCACAGAAAAGAAUCAUUGGACCGCUGGCACAACCUUUACCUGGUGGGGACAAUGCUGAGUUUGGCAGCAGCGGUCGUGGCAUUGGUGGCGGUUAUAUGUCAUUGUCGCCUCAACAAGACCUAUCAAAGAUUUACUCGCAAAAUUGGAAGAUCUUGUUCCGAUUUAAAGCAACAAAAACUCGAAGACCCAGGCAAGUUUUCAUUGAAUCUUCGUGGGAACGCUUCUGAAGGUCCUCUAAAAGAGCCACCUUACGAAGCAUCGAGUGUUGACAUGGCGGACAGCCUCGAUGCCCCUCUCAUCUGCUAAUGCGCCACUUGACCCUUCUCCCUGCAUUGCAAAUACAGCUGCCCUAUCCAGAAACAUGAUGAAAGAAACAAAAUUCCAGGACAGAUAAUUGAUGUAUUGAAGUUCAAGCUCUAUAUCCUUUCUUGCUCGACGAUUAACAGGACUGUUCCACCACAAUCGAUCAGUCUUAUUUAUUCAUCGAAUAAGCUCUUAAAUUUGUAUAUAUAAAAUAAUUUAUGUGACGGCGAAAAAUUGAUUGAUCAUUAGAUAAUUUAAGACAUUGUUCAUGAAGUGUCAUUUGUAAUAUCCAUCAAUUUUGUAUACGUCAAGUUGCUGAUAAAACGAACCCGGAACGAGUGCAUUUCCAAAUGCAAUUGUAAGUCUCUUUAAUGUUUGACAAUUAUGCAAUAGCUAAAGUAAAUAAGUUUGAUAGUAUGCAGAGUGAAUUCGAAAUAAUAAUAAUGAUAAAGAAAAGCAUCUUCAUAACUAAAACACAUAAGUCAGAUUAAUAUUUAAAUUUAAGGAUUUUUUUUAAAUUAUAAUGUAGAUUUUCAAAUGUGAAUAUUCGAAUAUGUAUAAAAAUAUACCAUAUUAGGGGGCUACGGCCAAAGCAAUAUUUAUAAGUUUCUAUGUAUAGAAAAACUGAAAAUAAAUCAACUAUUAAUUUAAUGCUCUGUAUACAAAAUUGUUAACUGCGAUCAGAGUAAAAUUUAUGAGUUCUGUGUACAUCUGAAAAGAAGGUGCAUAAAAGCAUUUUAAUGUGAAAGAACUGAAUUCAUUCUUUCCGGGCAACAAGCAAUUUGUAAGUAAAGUUUCUGUUGUCAAACCAGGAAACAAAAACUUUGGACACUUCAAGGUUAAUACGUAUACGUAUGAUGUCAUGAUUUAAAUUUAAUGUAAUUUAUCAACUUUUUCUCGAUAUCAAUAAAAGAAUCAAAGUGGGCGUGUCGAUUAUCUUAUUCUGAAACAAAAAGAGUUGCCAACAGCAAAUAUUUAUUUAAAAUUCUGAUAUUAAGCAAACAUUUUGGACAUACAAUGACAAUACAUAAAAGAGCACAUAAAAUCGUGCUCUUUCUUCAACGUGAGAAGAUGAUGUUAUAUAAUAAUAAUACGUUUAAUGUUUGGCAAUGCCAUUUUUAGUUCAUAUUUUGUAAAACUUACAAAUUUUGGAUUACCAAACUCUACGAUUUGAAAGCGAGCAGUGGCAACGCUUUUCGAAGUAAAGCAUAUUUUAAUCUCCAGUGUGCGAAACUGUUGCCACUCGGAAAAAUGAGGACUAAAAUUAGCGCUUUCAAUUAGUAUCUCGCCUGAUGAAAGUCGUACGAAGAUGAGAAUGGUCGAACUGCCUUCAUAUGAAUUGUUGGAAUCCAGAAAUCCCCUCUCGAAACUCAACUCCCCGCCAUUCCGGAGAUGAUGCCACAAACAAACAGGCAGACAAGCAGAUUUUAAUAUUAUAGAUUUUAUGAAAUGUUUUCUUCUAAUUAGAAUUGUUAUCUAUAAAUUCUGGAGACAUAUAACUUGAAGCAUUAACCAGUUACAGGAAAUUUUCUUAAUUUACAAGUAACUUUCGGUGUUGUAAUUUUAUACAUAAAUAUCAGAAAAAUGCAUAAAAUUACACAAUUAGGAAGUAGCACAAUAUAUCAUUUUCCAAGGAAAAAAUCACGAUAACAUUUUAAUUUCUGCCAAUCUUAUACAUAUAUUUUAUUAUAAUUACAUAAUUAUAAAAGAAAUUUAUAAAACCAUCAGAGGAACAAAACUUCUUUUCUAAUUAAUUUCUUUUUUUAUUGUAUAAUUAGUAGAAAUACAAUAAUUUCUUUAUUGUAUUUCUACUAAUUCUUUUCUAAAAAUUAGAGACUUAGACUGGUUAUAUCACGAACUAAAAUAAUAAUACUACGUUUAUACAUAACAUUAACUUAUCUCUCAAUAAAACAUUUUUUUAAAUAAUCAUUAAGCGAUUCAUUCUAGGCAUUCGAUGCUUCUAUAAGAUCAAUAUAUGCCAAAAUUUCUUUUAGGUACACUUAAAAUAUUCACAUUUAGAUAACUUGUAAGCCAUAAUAUAGAUAAAUCUCCCUAUAUGCAAAUUAGAGAAUGUCAAAAGCUGAUAAUCAAUUUAAGAAGCCAUGUUACCCUUUGAAUAAACUUUCCGUUUAUUUACAGAAUGUGCCUCAGUUCCUCGCAUUGUUAAGUCCCGGCAAUUCAUUAGUAGAAAUCGUUAACAGUCUAGAGUCGUUCAGUCGAGCACACCUUUAUCAUGCUCUUACAGUUAGCCUAGAAUAAUUGUACGUAAUAUACUAAACUAGUUUAAGGAAUUUGGAUCCUGCAAGGAAGAUCUACGGAAGGUUUCACUGGUAUCAUCUCAUAAAUAUGUAAUUCCAAGAAGUAAAAUUGUUUUCCUAUAUUAAAUAAGAAAGGUUUCAUUCGGUAUCGGUUGUUGCUGAGUAAAAGAAUAAGAUCAAAAUGAGCAAAAUAUGAAGUUCUGAAAUAAUGUGAUAAAUGAAUUUCGAGAUGUUAGUAAAAUUCUUUUGUAGCCUAUUAAAGAAAUGCAAGAAAAAUGGCAUUCGUAUUAAUAUCUAAAUCUAUCAAUGUAUAAAAUGACUAGAUCUCAUGCAAUUUUGUAUAAAUCUAUAAAUAUUCUCAGUUAAUUUCUUGACUAAAUACUAAUUAUCAGUUUUUGGUUUUUAAUCAAAUUCAAGGAUAGAAGAUUAAUCAAAACCGAACAGAAAAAAGACAAGAAAACAUUGAGGAAUAAUGAUUACAUUAAAGAAAUCUAAGAUGUUUAAUCUUCUGGUUUCAUAACAGCAAUCAAUCAAAUUAGGCACAGAAAUAAUAAACUUUUAAUUACAUACUCAUACAAAUGUAUAAAAAUAUAAAUAAAUGUGAAAUAAAAGUCCAGAAACAUCCUUGUCUGAAAUAUUUACUUUUUAUUUUUUUCUAUCAAAAUUGCAGACAUCAAAAUCAAAUAACCAACAUGGGCUAAUCUGAAGCCACAACUGCAGCUGUUGACGAAGCUUCUUAACUUUUAAUUUGAGAGAAAUAAAAAAGAUGGCCAUUUUAUCCAUCUAAGUUUCUGGCGAUAAUAGUAUAGAUGGUAUAAUUAUAUAAUAUACGCUAAAUAUUAAAAGAUAACUCACUAAACACUACAAAACGCAAGCAUCCAGAUUAAAGAGAUAUUUUAUCCAGUCCUUUAGUUUCAGUUUGUCACAGUAAUUUCAUUUAUUAAUGCUGAGUUAAAGAAAUUUUAACAAAAAUUAAUAGAAAAAAAGAAAGAAAAUUUGAAAGCUUUCAGAUUUUAUAUUGUGCCAAAAAGACAUUUAUUUAACGUUUUGC